AUGCUUCAGGGAAGAAAGCAGUUAAAGGACCUUGUGAAAAGGGUUCAAGCUGCUCGUGAUGAAAUGCAAUGGGGUGAAGAGGGCCCUCCUCCAUUGCUCGUGAAAAUUGCUCCAGAUUUGUCUAAAGAAGACCUUGAAGAUAUUGCUGCAGUUGCCCUUGCCCUUCGCUUGGAUGGAUUGAUUAUAUCAAAUACAACUGUUUCACGAUCAGAUCCUGUUACUACAAACCCAGCGGCUUCUGAAGCUGGUGGCUUGAGUGGAAAGCCACUCUUUAAUAUCUCUACCAGUCUCUUAAAGGAGAUUGGUGAGGAUGCUUACAAAAAGAUACGAGCUGGAGCAAGUCUUGUUCAGCUUUAUACAGCAUUUGCCUAUGGGGGACCUGCUCUCAUCCCCCAGAUAAAGGCCGAAUUGUCUGAGUGCUUAGAAAGGGAUGGUUUCAAGUUCGUUAGUGAAGCAAUUGGUGCAGAUUGCAGAGUGGCAACGCCAAAAGCAUAA